AUGGCUUCUUCAUCUUCUUCCUCCUUAACCAACUCUCUCCUCAUCACUACCUUCCUCUUCCUCACUAUCUUCUCAUCCUCCCACGCUCUUUUCUUCACCUUCGUUAACAACUGCCCCUACACCGUCUGGCCAGCUAUCCUACCCAACGAAGGUCACCCCAACCUCGCCACCGGCGGUUUCGAACUCCGCACCUUCACCCACCGCUCCAUCAACGUUCCCGACACACACUGGGCCGGUCGCGCCUGGGCCAGAACAGGCUGCUCCACCACCAACAACAAAUUCACCUGCCUCACCGGCGACUGCGCCAACCGCCUCGAAUGCAACGGAGCAGGCGGUUCAUUACCCGCCACACUAGUCCAAUUCGACGUACAUCACGGCAACAACGACUUCUCCUCUUACAGCGUCAGCCUCGUCGACGGUUUCAACACCCCACUGACGGUUACACCUCAUGAAGGUAAAGGUCAGUGUCCUGUGGUUGGUUGUAAAGCAAAUCUCGUUGCUACGUGUCCUGAUGUUUUGCAGCACCGUAUUCCGGCGGUUCAUGGUCCUGUUGUGGCGUGUAAGAGUGGAUGUGAAGCUUUUCACACGGAUGAGUUUUGUUGUAGGAACCAUUUCAACAACCCUCAGACUUGUAAACCUACUGUGUAUACGAAUUUCUUCAAGCACGCGUGUCCCGAGACUUUUACCUACGCGCAUGAUACUCCUUCUUUGACUCAUCAGUGUUCUUCUCCUCGUGAGCUUAAGGUUAUCUUUUGCCACUGA